AUGCGCUACACUUCUAUUGCUCCUCUUUUGGCCUUUGCCUUCUUUGCCACCUCUUCUGCCCAAGAGGAAUGUCCCGAGCUGCCUAGUAGCGGUGUGGAAAUCGGGGAGCCGGUUCCAAUCGUUCCUGGCGAUGUCCCCAGAGGAUGUUCCGACUACGAGAUACUCUACCCAGCCAGCUCGCAAAUCAUUUCUGGUGGACGGCAAGGCGUCGAUGACAUUGUUCAGCGCUUGACCGCGCAGUCUUCCGCCUGCCCAAAUCAGACCUUUUCUCUGGUUGGCUACUCGCAAGGCGCUAGCAUCAUGCACCGAGCUGCAGAUAGACUGCCUACUUCUCUGUUCCCCAAGAUCAAGUCGGUUGUCAUGUUUGGAGACCCAAAUUUGAGGCUGGGCGUAGUUGGAGAUAAGUUCCCCAAUGGCCUGAAGGCAAAAGUGCUGCAGAUUUGUGCAAAGGGCGAUCCUGUUUGUGACUCUGGGUCUUGUCAGUUCAACCACUUGACCUACAUCCGUCCCGAAUACAUUGAAGGCGCCGUGACAUUUAUCGUGAGGGCUUUCAAGGGUAUGACCCUCUAG